AUGUCAGCACUCCACACACUAAGACUGAAAUAUCAGCCAGUUCUUCCCAAGCACAUUGUCGAUAUUGACAACGUGAUUGUUGAAGAUGGACCAAAGACUCAGUCGAAAGUCGAUCAGAAGGAGCUUUCCGAGCUCUUCAAACACACUUAUGGUCUCCCAGCUGCCAAGCUUGCUGCAGGAAAGUCCGAGGAGAUUCACAGAAAAAUGAGAUGUGGGUUUAUUCUUUCUGGUGGACCUGCUGCUGGUGGACACAAUGUCGUUGCUGGUCUUUAUGAUGGUCUUAUGAAAGGGAACAAGGAGAACAAGCUCUUUGGCUUCAAGUGUGGUGCUGGUGGAAUCUUGAAGAAUGAGUACAUUGAGAUCACUUCAGAGUUGAUUGACAAAUACCGUAAUAUGGGUGGCUUUGAUAUCGUUGGCUCUGGCAGAACAAAGAUUGAAACCGACGAACAGUUUGCUACCGCAUUCAAGAACAUUUCUGCUCUUGAACUCGAUGCCUUGAUCGUAGUUGGUGGUGAUGAUUCCAACACUAACUGUGCUUUACUCGCCGAGUACUUUGCUGCCAAGAACAGCAAAUGUGUCUUUGUUGGUGUUCCAAAGACUAUUGAUGGUGAUUUGAAGAACGAGUACAUUGAAGUCUCCUUUGGGUUUGAUACCGCCUGCAAGACUUAUUCCGAGUCAAUUGGAAACAUUGAAAGAGAUGCCAUUUCAUCAAGAAAGUAUUGGCAUUUCAUCAAGUUGAUGGGAAGAAGUGCUUCACAUAUUGCUCUUGAAGCUUCCCUCCAAGCACAACCAACAUAUGCUAUCGUCUCAGAAGAAGUUGAAGCCAAGAAGAUGACUGUCAAUCAAAUUGCAAACAAAUUGACCGACUUAGUUGUCAAGAGAAGCCAAGAUGGAUUAAACUUUGGUGUUGUUUUGAUUCCAGAAGGUCUUCUUGAGUUUAUUCCAGAAGUUAAAGUUCUCAUUGAGCAGUUGAAUGAUCUCCUUGCUCAUAAAAAGGAAGAGUAUGCCAAGUUGACUGAAUUUGCUCAACAAAAAGCUUUUGUCAUUGAACACAUCCCAAAGGAGAUGGGUGAAGUGUUCUCAGGACUCCCAGACAACAUUGCCAAACAAUUGUUGUUAGACAGAGAUCCACAUGGCAAUGUGAAUGUCUCUGCCAUUGAGACUGAAACCUUUGUCUCUGGUAUUAUUAAGAACGAAUUAAAGAGAAGAGGUUCUAAAGUGCCAUUCACCCCAGUUCAUCACUUCUUCGGUUAUGAAGGAAGAUGUGCUUUCCCAACCAACUUUGAUGCCACCUACUGUUAUGCUCUUGGCUACACUUCCUUCAUCCUUGCUGCUUAUAAGAAGACGGGACAAAUCUGUUGCAUCUCUGGAUUGAAGGGCCCAUCCACUGAAUGGAUCUGUGGUGGUGUGCCAUUGACAGUCAUGAUGAACAUGGAACAAAGAAACGGCUCACUCAAGCCUGUCAUCCAAAAAGCUCUUGUCGAGCUGAAUGGAAAGCCAUUCAAAUAUUACGAGUCGAAAAGAGAAGCUUGGGCCCUUGCUGAGGAUUAUGCCUUCCCAGGUGCUGUUCAGUACUAUGGUCCUGCUGAAGUUUCCGAUCAGCCACCAAAGACAUUGCUCCUCGAACAGAAUUAA